ACCCAUGAUCUUCAGUUCCUCAGAGAAGUGAAAGUAGCAACAAGGAAUCCAGUAAUUCCUGUUAUCUGCAGGCUUUAUAAGUCAGCUGAGCCUGAAGCAGUGGCCUAGAGCCCGCACACCAGACACCGCUGCCCUCUCUCUGAAGCCAGAGGAACAUCAGGAUGCCUCAGCCACCCACCUUCCUCCUGCUUCUCCUCCUUUCCACCGGCAGUGCCCUGGCCCUGAGGCUCUGCUCCUUUAAUGUGAGGUCCUUUGGGGAAGCCAAGAAGGAAAACAAGAAUGCCAUGGAUGUCAUCGUGAAGGUCAUCAAACGCUGUGAUAUCAUACUCCUGAUGGAAAUCAAGGACAGCAACAACAUUAUCUGUCCCAUGCUGAUGGACAGACUAAAUGGAAAUUCAAGAAAUUCAAGAAAUUCAAGAAAAGGCACAAUGUACAACUAUGUGAUUAGCUCUCGCCUUGGAAGAAACACAUAUAAAGAGCAGUAUGCCUUUCUCUACAAGGAAAAGCUACUGUCUGUGAAGAAACGCUACCUCUACCAUGACUAUCAGGCUGGAGACACAGAUGUAUUUUCCAGGGAACCCUUUGUGGUCUGGUUCCAGUCACCCUACACCGUUGUCAAGGACUUCGUGAUUGUCCCCCUGCACACCACCCCUGAGACCUCCGUUAAAGAGAUUGAUGAGCUGGUUGAUGUCUACACGGAUAUGAAACAUCGCUGGAAGGCGGAGAAUUUCAUUUUCAUGGGUGACUUCAACGCCGGCUGUAGCUAUGUGCCCAAGAAGGCCUGGAAAAACAUCCGCUUGAGGACUGACCCCGGGUUUGUUUGGCUGAUAGGGGACCAAGAGGACACCACAGUCAAGGAGAGCACCAACUGUGCAUAUGACAGGAUCGUGCUUCGAGGACAAGAGAUCAUCAACUUUGUUGUUCACAGAUCAAACAGAACCUUUGACUUCCAGAAAGCUUAUGGGUUGACCAAAGAGGAGGCCUUGGAUGUCAGUGACCACUUUCCAGUUGAAUUUAAACUACAAUCUUCAAGGGUCUUCGCCACCAACAAAAAAUCUAUCUCUCCAAGGAAGAAAAAGACCCGUCGCUCCUAGAUACAAGAAUGCCAUUUUAUUGACCAUUUCUUGCUUCUAAAUAAAACAGCUUUAACAGGUAUGAACUUCUGCCUGCACUCAGGAAACAA